AUGCACAGCUUCCUAGCCUACGUGGUACCAUGGUACACCUGGCUGUUCGAAAAGGGCUCGUUCCGAUCCGCCGCAGCCCUACGACGGCGCAUCGCGGAGGACCGCGCAUCCGGCACCGCGGCCAGCCAGCAGCCGCCCGCUCAUCUGCGGGCCGCCCUCGUCGUGGAGGACGGCAGCAUAUCCGACGGGCUGCACGCCGUGUACGACCUGUCGGCCAAGUCGGAGCGCGCGCACCGCAUGCGGAUCCUGUACCUGCACGGCGGGCCGCUCGUGCUGUCCAUGCACCGCGGCCAGUGGGACCUGGCGGGCGCGCUGGCGUCGCGGCUCGACGCCACCGUCACGGUGCCCGUGCUGCCGCUCGGGCCGGAGCACGACAUGGCCUACAUGUACGACGUCCUGCGGCCCCUGCACGACGACAUGGCCGCCACUGCGGCGCGGGAGGGCGUCCCGCUGUACAUCGUGGGGGACUCGGCCGGCGGGAACCUGGCCCUCGGCCUGGCGCAGCGCGGCGGCGGGAAGGUGGACGGCAUCGUCCUCAUCACGCCCAUGGUCGAUCUCUCCCUGGACGAACCUGAUUCCGGCUCGGACGACCCGGCUGCUGGGGCCGGGGCUGGGGCCGGGGCCGGGGCCGGGGCCGUCGCCGUCGCCGUCGCCGAUCCGCUCCACGCCCUGCCCGGACUGAGGGAGGUGGUCAGGAUGCUGUGUCCCGACGUCGGGGACCUGCGCGACCCGGCCGUCAGCCCUGUAUAUGGUGACCUGGCGUGUCUGCCGCGCAUGCUCGUCCUCGUCGCCGAGAUGGACAUGCUCGCCUGCCAGGCCAGGAGGCUGGUACGUCUGGCCGCCGACCAGGGCUGCGGAGAGAUAGAGCUCCUGGAGGGCGAGGGGAUGGUGCACUCUUGGCCGUCGCUGUCGCCUUGUCUGCAUGAGAGCCGUCUGGCGACGUCUAGGAUGGCCCAGUGGCUUGAAAGGGGGGCUACUCCGAUGACGCAUACAUGCACAUCCUGA